AUGGUUACUGAUGGUAGUCCUUGGUUAUCUUGGUGGGCAUGCCUAUGCGUUGCCUUUCUCUCGUCGUUCGUUUCGAUCCUUGUCACUGUUUUUGUUAUGAAGAAAAGAAGCAGAAGUACUGCAGAAUCUGCAGCUACUACUUCUAAUGAUGCGUUCUCCAGUGGCACUGGUGGUGGCUGCAGAGUCGAGGCCUCAUGCUCGUCCUCGGUCAGUGGCCAACCGGGAUAUGAGUACGACGUCUUCCUGAGCUUCAGGGGAGAAGAUACUCGCAAGGGAUUCACUGAUGGCCUCUACACUGCCCUUGAAGGUGCUAGGAUCUGCGUCUUCAGGGACAAUGAGAGGCUCGGCAUCGGCAAGGAAAUUGGUCCUGAACUUCUGCAGGGUAUCAAGCGGUCUAGCAUCUCCAUCCCCAUCUUCUCUGAAAACUAUGCAUCAAGUAAGUGGUGCCUCAAAGAGUUUGCCUUCAUGAUGGAGUGCAGGGAAGCAAGGCAGCAGAUCGUGCUUCCCAUCUUCUACGAUGUCACGCCAAACGAAGUCCAACACCAGACCGGAAGUUACGCCAGAGCCUUUCGGCAGCACACCAAAAAGCAGGACCCUGGGACUGUUCAAAGGUGGAGGAGAGCACUUGCAGAGGUUGGAUCUUUGAAGGGUUGGGAAUUAAAGAACGAGACUAAUGGACAUCAAGGAAAAUUGAUUAAGAUGAUAGUCACAAAGGUUUUGAGGAAGUUGAAGAAUGCUCACCUUUGUGUCAAUAACAAGUUAGUAGGGAUCGACAAUCACAUGAAAGCAGUCAUGAGAAUGCUGAGUGUCGAUGCGCCAGAUGUGAGGUUUAUUGGUAUUUGGGGCAUGGGGGGCAUUGGAAAGACGACACUUGCUAAGGUCAUCUAUAACCAGAUAUUGGAUGAUUUUGACAGUUGCAGCUUCCUACAAGAUGUACGAGAAACAUCUGGGCGCAGUCACAAUGGUCUUCGGCAAUUGCAAAGUCAACUUGUUACUGACCUCUUGAAGUGUGACCGCUUGGAGUUUGCUUCCAUUGAUGAAGGUAAAACGUAUUUUCUUCUUUUUCCAUCUUUGGUCGUUCAAAAGGCUAUUGGAAUUCCUUAUGCAAAUUUUCUUUUCUUUCUUUCUUUUAUCUUUUUGGAGCAGGGGUCGAAAAAUAUAGAAGCCAUCCGACUGGAAUAUCAGAUUGGGUUGGAGUGCUGCUGUUUUACACCUAGCCAGUUUAGGAAGCUAUCAAAGUUGAGAUAUCUCCAACUAGACUGCGCUAAUCUUGCCGGCGAUUUUGAGAAUCUUCUACCAGCCCUGAGAUGGCUUCGGUGGAAAGUACCUUCACUCAACUGCACAGCGACAAAUUUGAAUGUAAAGGGCCUACUCAUCCUUGAUUUGUCAAAUAGCAUGGUCACGCAUAAUUGGAAUGCUUGGAACUCAAUUCAGGUCUCUGCUAAUACAUUGAACUCUCUAAUUGAUAGUGUUGUCUAUGGCAAGUUCGGCGAUACUUACUAA